CUUCUGCCUCUGCAUGCAGGUAACCGGGGGCAAUGGGACAGGAAGUGAUGCGGGGGAAGCAGCCGAGCGUGCCAUUUGUGGAAAGGGAAUAUUCUUUACCCCAUAAUUCUGGUUCUCCCAUUGGUUGUGCAAGUCGUGACAAGGAUUAAAGGAGUAUAAAGCACACCAGACGUUUACUGUAAUCCACACACCUGAGGAAGAGACAGUCUGAGCACGGCCACACUCUUAGAAAACCACAAGAUGUCAGGACCGAAACAGACAGUAACCGCCUUCUCCACCACUCUGGUUGCAAUGUUGCUCAUCCUCUCCACCGUGACUCAGUCAGCAGAACCUUCAGACAACCUUCAACCAACACAACGGACACUCAGCCUGGACCUUGCAGAGUCCACGAACACUGCACUACCUGUAAACGGAAGUGAUGCGGAGGAGCCUCGUGUUCUGAGGAUGUCAAAACCCUGUAAAGACGAAGAUGCUGACUACUGCCUGAACGGACAGUGCAUACCCCCUGACAGUGAUACCCCUGCCUGCACGUGUGACGUGUCCUAUAGUGGCCCUCGCUGUGGUCUGUUGACCCACCAGGCGACGCAGUGCAAGUUUGCCGUAGCAGAGGAGGUGAUUGGCAUCUGUGUGGGCGUGGCCUUGCUCAUCUGCUGCCUUGCUGUCGUUCUCUACUGCUGCAUCAAGAGAAGGUGUGUGGGAAAAAAUCUCCCCUAUAAGACCUACGGUGGCUCGGAGAACUCAGUUUAGUUUGAUCCCUCUGUUUCUUAUUCAUCACCAUCUUCACCAUCAUCACCAUCAUCACCAUCACAAUAUCUUCCCAUAACAGAUUAAGGCUAUUUAUUGAAAUAUCUAAAAAUAAGUUAUUAUUU